AUGUGGCCAUUCACAACUACAAAAGAAACAAAACCACUAGGAGAAGAUCUACCUGCAGACAUAAAAGACUACUUAAUUCAAAAAAACAACGAAACAAAACAAUUAAACGAACCAGGAAUAACACCAACAGAACCUUUUAAAUUCGAAGCUUCUAAAAAUUCAACAAAAGUUACAAAAAUACUAUCUUCACAACCACCAAGAUCAGAAGAAGAAAAAUAUCAAUUUGAAAAAUAUAAAAUUUCAAAUCCUUUAACAAAUUCAGUUGCAAUAAACUGUGCAGAAUUAGAAUAUAAUUUACAUUUAUGUUAUCAACAAUAUUCACCAAUAUUAAAUAUGUUUUCUUACCCAUGUUUUAAACAACAACAAAAUUUAAAGCAAUGUAAAAAUUUACAAGUUGAUGCGUUCAAAUUGUUACAUUAUCAGGAUUGUUAUAAUAUUCAACAAUGUAAUGCUAUUAAAAUUUUUAUUGAUGAAGUAUUUGUUAAAAAUUUUGGGGAAUUAGGUGAAGCUACUAAUGAUAGUGUUAAAGUUAAUGAAUUUUAUAAAGAUUUGAAUGAAGGGUUUAACAAGAUUUGGUCAUAA